AUGUCUACCCACGACAACUCGCAUUCCACAGAACUUACUUCCACCUCCCCGCAAUUACCAUUUCAUGAAUACGUAGAGGCAGAUGAUGUAUCGUCUGAUGUGGGAGACCUAUCUUAUGAAGAGGAAUGUUCGAGCUACACAACAAGUCUAAGUUCGAGCGUCUCCGCGUACAAAUUUGAGCAUGGCCGUCGUUACCACGCAUACAGAGAUGAGAGGGAUAUAUAUCCUUCAGCAAAGAUUUUGGGCAACAAUCUUAGCCCCAUACAACCUACUUCAGUCGCCCCUAAUGUGAGAUUUGAAGUGGAUGAUGUAGAGAAUGAUUGGGUUUACCGCUCAGAAUUUGACUAUAUACACGCUCGCUACUUUGCAGGAGCGAUCAAGGAUUGGCCGAACCUAUUACGCCAAGCAUUCAAGUUCACUAAACCAAGGGGCUGGGUGGAGUUCCAAGAUUUCGAAAUGCAAUUCUACACGAUUAACGGGGAAUUCAAGACCGGCUGUCCGUUAGAUAAGUGGUGUACUGAAAGAAUUGAAGUCCUACGGUCUGUUGGACUGGAACCUUCUCCUGGCCCCAAAUUACAACAGUGGUUCAAGGAUAUCGGAUUUACCAAUGUACAGCAGAAGGUAGUGCCCGUGCCGGUGGGUGUCUGGCCAAAGGACAAAAGACUGAAAACUGUAGGCGCUCUUAAUUACCACCAAUUCAAUGACGGGCUGGAUGGCAUGUCGCUACGUAUAUUCACAGCUAUGAAGGGCUGGCAGCCGGAAGAGCUACGGGAAUUUCUGGCUGAUGUGAGGAAGGAUCUUAGAAGCCCUCGACUACAGGCACAGCAUAAUUUUAAUGUGGUGUAUGGACAGAAACCAGAAUGA